ACAGACCUUACAAUCCUCCUCAUACCCAAGAAUAUCAGAAAAUGGCAACACUGUGGGUCCUGUCCUGCCUGGUCCUCCUCAGCGGAGCCUAUGGUUGCGGUCUUCCCGCCAUCAGGCCCCUUAUCUCCGGCUACGCCCGGGUCGUGAACGGCGAGGACGCCGUCUCUGGUUCUUGGCCGUGGCAGGUGUCUAUUCAGGACAAGGCUGGAGUCCACUACUGUGGCGGAUCCCUCAUCAACAGUCUCUGGGUUGUCACCGCUGCCCACUGCGGAGUCAGAACUUCAGACCGUGUGGUCCUGGGUUUACAUGAUCAGUACUCCAAUGCUGAGCCCAUCCAGGUCAAGUCCAUCGGCAGAUUCUUCGGACACCCCCAGUUCAGCGAGCAGACUAUCGCCAAUGACAUCGCCCUGAUCAAGCUCUCCAGUCCCGCCAUCCUCACUGACCGCGUGUCCCCCGUGUGUCUUGCUGCUUCCUCUGAUGUCUUCAAUGGAGGAGAAAGAUGCGUCACCAGCGGAUGGGGAUACACCAAUGGUGCCGCACAAACAAAGCCAGCUAAGCUCCAGCAGGCGGCUCUUCCUCUUCUGAACAACGCCGAAUGCCAGAGAUACUUUUCAACCAGAAUCCUGACCUCCAUGAUCUGCGCUGGUGCCGCCGGCGCCUCCUCCUGCAACCUCGACUCUGGUGGACCCCUCGUGUGUGAGAAGAACGGAGCCUGGACCCUGGCCGGCGUUGUGUCCUUCGGCACCCCUGGCUGUCCUUUAUCUUCUCCCGCCGUCUACGCCCGCGUCACCGCCCUCAGAUCCUGGGUGGACCAGACUGUCGCCGCCAACUAAACGCCAUCCAAGUUCCUUCUGAUACUCAAUAAAGUGACUUUUAUAUGAA